GACCUAAAGGUUCGUGAAAUCAUUUAUAAUUUGGUGUGGAUAGCUAGAGAGAUGCAUCAGUUUGUGGCCUGUUUCGAUGGACUCAUCCAGAGUAACUCUUCGUCCAUACAAGCUCUCCGACCUCGAUGACUUCCUGAAAUGGGCUUGUGAUGAUAGAGUGACUCGCGACGUGAGGUUCAAGGCCAUCACUAGUCAAGAAGAAGCACUGGCAUACCUUGAAAAAGUCGCGAUCCCUCACCCCUGGCAUCGAUCCAUAUGUGUAGACGACCGUUCAAUCGGAUACAUCUCGAUCAAGCCGGAAUCUGGUGAGGAAGAUGAGUGUAGAGCACUAAUUGGGUAUGCGUUGGCGAGUGAGUAUUGGGGGCAGGGGAUAACGACACUGGCGUUGAAGACGGCUGUGUCGAAGGUGUUCGACGAAAUGCCUGGCUUGGUGAGGCUUCCGGUUUUAGUGGAUGUAGAGAACAAGGGGUCUCAGAGGGUGGUUGAGAAAGUUGGGUUUGCAAAGGAAGGCUUGUUGAGGAGUUAUGGGUAUUGCAAAGGCAAAAUCAGAGACGUGUUUAUCUACAGUCUCUUGGCAACUGAUCAGGUUAAUUAACUUGUUGUGCAACUGAUGAUUAGUUGAAUCAAUGUCAUGGUGUUUUAUUCCCUAAUUAAAUUAUAAUUAUUGAUAUUAAUCCCGUUGUGAAAAUCCACCUCUGUGUUGUCUCUUGGUGGUCCUUCUUCUUCUGUGAACUGUAUUGAAACUUCUGUUUUGGUGCAAAAGGUUGAAGAAGUAUCGUAGAUUCGUGUAGAAAGUGGAAGACGUUGUCUCAGUCUUUAGUCAACUUAAAUAAAAUGCAUUGUUUAUAUA